AUGGACAGGUGCUGGCUAAUCAGCAGCGGUUCGCACGGGAGACGUUUGCGCGAGUCAGCCAAUUGGGUUCCACCAAGGGCGUGGGGUAACAACCUAAAACCCGCCUUUUGUGAACGUCAAGGAGAUGUGAAAGGCGGUGAAUAGUAUCGUUCUGUGUCUGGUCAACGCAACUAGAAGUAUGGCACAUAGUAGCGGGCUUUUCCGCAGCAGCCUGGGUCGGCUCUGUUUUCACCGCCAACUGCACCUGAGCGGUAUGAGAAACGAGGCGGUAGUCAUCUCUGGAAGAAGGCUUGCGAGGCAAAUCCAAAGUGAGGCCAAGGUUGACGUGGAGAACUGGGUUGCUGAUGGCAAUCGGAGACCACAUCUUAGUGUUGUUCUUAUUGGAGAUAAUCCAGCCAGUCAUUCCUACGUGAAAAACAAAACAAAAGCUGCUGCGGAUGUAGGUAUCACAAGUGAGACCAUUCUGAAGCCAGCGAGCAUCACCGAGGAGGAAGUGCUCCAGCUGAUUGAUAAGCUCAACAAGGAUGACCAAGUUGAUGGUUUGCUUGUACAACUACCUCUGCCAGAACACCUCGAUGAACGCAAGAUCUGUAAUGCAGUGUCCCCUACGAAGGAUGUGGAUGGAUUUCAUGUGAUCAAUGUAGGUCGCAUGUGUCUUGAUCAGAAGUCCAUGCUGCCUGCUACACCUUGGGGAGUAUGGGAAAUAAUCCAAAGAACAGGAAUCCCAACUCUUGGGAAGAAUGUUGUCGUAGCUGGACGGUCAAAAAAUGUUGGAAUGCCCAUUGCUAUGCUUCUCCAUACUGAUGGCGCACAUGAGCGGCCUGGUGGGGAUGCUACAGUGACUAUUUCUCAUCGAUACACACCGAAAGACCAGCUGAGGGAACAUACCAAGCUCGCUGAUAUUAUUGUGGCUGCAGCAGGUAUUCCAAAGCUAAUCACAGCUGAUAUGAUUAAAGAAGGAGCAGCAGUCAUUGAUGUUGGUAUCAAUCGUAUUCAGGACCCAAUCACUGGGAAGCCAAAACUUGUUGGUGACGUUGAUUUUGAAGAGGUCAAGAAAAAAGCCAGCUUUAUAACACCAGUGCCAGGAGGAGUUGGACCCAUGACCGUCGCAAUGCUGAUGAAGAACACGAUCAUUGCAGCCAAGAAACUCUUGAAGCUGAGAGAGAACUAAACAAGUGGUUACCCUCAUAGUGCCACAGAGAAAUGGGGCAGAGUACCCUACUGAACAUUCCAAUGUACUGUUUUACAUCUACACAUACCAAAGGCUGAUAGUUGAGCAAUUUAUUUAUUUUCAUUGUGGUUGUGGGCGUUAAGUUUUUCACUUUGCAUUGAGUAUAAUUUAUUUCGAAGCUCCUUAGUUAAGGAUCUAGAUUAUGUGCAAUUUUAUACUUUGUGUGUUACUGAGAUGCUUCCUACAGAAAGUCUUUAAGGUUAAUUGGGGAUAGUUCCCUUAAAUUAUUCAAAAAAAUGGAUUUUAUUCCUGGGCAUGAAGUUGGGAUGAGCAGGUAAGGAAUUGUGCGUAUCAGGAAAGGGCCUGUGUAUAAAGUUUGUGUACUCUGAAGGUGUCAAAUGAAGAAAGUCUAAUGAAGGUUGCACUGUUGUAGUGAUUUAGUACUUGCCAGGCAUAUUGUAAAUGCAGAUGGAUUUAGCAUGAUUCAUAGAAAUAUUUCUAUCACUUUGCAGUAUCUUAUUCUGCAGCAAAUAACACCAGUCACAAUUUCUACAUGCAUGCAUAACCCCUUAACAUCAAAUAAAAUGACUGCUAUCAAUUGUUCCAUUGAAGCACCAUAGUUGACAUUCACAAUGUACUGUAUUUGCAUAUCAGCAUUCCCUUACUGAAAGUCAAGACAGCACCCUGUCUUCUGUGCAUGUCAGAGUCAAAAAUUCUACGACACCAGGUUAUAGUCCAACAGGUUUAUUUGAAAUCACAAACUUUUGGAGCGUAGCCCCUUUAUCAGGUGCGGUGAAAGGAGAGCACACACACAAAGGGCUCUGCCUUUCAUGUCUCUGCCUGUAAACUGUGUCUGUGUGCUCUCCUUUCACUGCACCUAAUGAAGGGGCUGUCCUCCAAAAGGUUGUGAUUUCAAAUAAACCUGUUGGACCAUAACCUGGUGUCGUGGGAUUUUUGACUUUGUUCAUCCCGGUUUCACUGGUACCUCCACGUCAUGUAUGUCAGAUCCUCCCAGCCACUCGGUCUCUCAAACCUGCUGUCAAACUGUUGACUAGACACUUUUUGGAUGAACUGAGCAGAAUGGUAUCGAACUGAAUUGAAGCAGCAUGAUCUUAGAUGCUGAUGCAGUUUCUUCAUUUCAAAGCUAUUAGACUGUUUGAGGUUGAUUUCGCAUUCUUCACAGCACUUUGAGAAACAAAUAUGUAGGUGGAGCUGUUUUAUGGGGCAGUGUCAAGUUCCUAAAUUGAUGCAAAUAAUGAUGAAACAAUAAUUGCUAGAAAUAGCUAAAUUUUCACUAUCAGCUGUUACAACAAUUUAUCACAAUUGUAGGGUCUGCAUACUUUGUUAAGAAUGUAGUGACCAUAAGUUGUCAUAAUUCUCCAGUAAAAUCUUGAAUAAUGAUUUUACUUUUCAUGCCAAACAUUAAAGCAUUGAGGCAUAAUGUGUAAUAUAACAUAUCUCUUUUUAUGGUAAGAGUGGUUCAGGCUGUGAAAUAAAAUUUUGUUACAAUAUCCAGAGUAAAUCUUGUCCUCUCAUUGUGAAACGUACAAGUGUGAAAAUGCAGUUAUUUCAUUUCAAAGUUGUGUAUGGAAUAUCACUGGCCACCCCGGUAUCAGUGUUUUUAGAAAGGAGGAUGUGUAGACACCAAUAUUAAACAGGUUGUCUUU